AUUUUUCCUGUCCUAACUCUAACAAUUCACAUCACGAAAUCAUUUAAUAAAAAAUAAAAUAUCAGAUAUUGAUACACAUUCAUAUAACAUCCAUGAUCUAGCAAUGAAUGAUUGCUACAAUUUCAGUGUUAAAAAAUAUACCACCUCUUAACUAUGAGGCUCAUAUAUCUGUCAUGUUUUCUCGAACGGCGCACAAGUUUUCCAACGUCCAAGACAAAUUAUCUUUUAAUUGCUCUGUGAUGUUACAGUUAGUGCAGUUAUAAUAUGGUUGACCAUUACAGGGAGAUCUUGAUGAGAACAGUAACCAAGCAAAUUCUCAUGAUCAGAAAUGGUAGAGACCUAUUGCAGAAAAAGGAGAACUUUCUGAAUCCAUCAAAGUGUAUUUCGAAAUUUUGUGCAAUUAACCAAAAGCUAAUAUAUACUUGAACAACUGUAUUGAAUUGACAAUUAUGACUAAAUUCACAAUAAAGUUUUCUUUUUAUGCUUAACUUUUGGCUUCCUGUAGCUCUAGUUUCUCCCAGAAGACAAUUUUAAUUUGUUGCAUUUUCAUUGUGCUUUUUUUUUUUCAUGGUAAUUUUCACUGGUUUAUAUGGAGCUAUUUCAGGCUCCUCUCAUUUGACAUGGAAAGAGAGGAAAGAAUUGGAAAACAGGAAGGUGGUUUCCCUUGGUGGAAAGGCUCCCAAGAACCCAAGGUUGCCGCUAAGCGUGGCAAGAGUAAUGAUGAAGAAACAAAAGGAAAGGGAGCAGAAAAUGCUACAAGAGAGUUCGAUACUCGAACGAUUUCGAGGAAAGCUUGGUAGUAGAAAACCAAUAGAGAAGCGCAAGCCCGAGGACAGAGUGCUGAAGUCAACUGAAGGUAAUUUCAGAAAUGGUGUGCUUGAUGUUAAACAUUUAUUACGACCAGCUGGACCUAGAGAGAGUGAUAACUGCAGCCAUGGAGGCAAUAAAGGGAAGAAGAAAAAGGGUGGUAAAAAGAAGGGAGGAAAGAAGGGUGGUGGUAGAAAGCACCGGUAA